CUGUUUGGCUGGGGGAAGGGAGGGACAGGUUGAAUUUCAAGCCCUAAGUGUGGUUCAUUUGCGCAUUUCUAUAUAUAGAUGGACAGACAGUAGCUGAUAACUUGUGACAGCUGAGGAAGGAGGUCACACCAAAGCAGAACAUCCUCCGCCAUUUCUCUUUUAGUGUAACGGUGUUAAUACAGUCAGUUCAUUUCUGCAGUGGGAGAGGACCAGGACACCCCUCCCUCCUACUGAAAUAUCACAUCAAACCAUAACAAGAUGGCCUCCAUGUCAGUGGACCCAGUGACAGAGCCACGGAUGUACCAGCAAACGCUCCUACAAGAUGGGCUCUGUGAUCUCCUGGAUGCUAACAAGUUUGUGGACUGUGUUCUGAAGAUCAGAGACAAAGAGUUUCCUUGCCAUCGGCUAGUGCUAGCUGCUAGCAGCCCUUACUUCAAAGCCAUGUUCCUGUCAGACCUAGAAGAGAGCAAAAAGCGGGAGAUUGUUCUAAAAGACAUCGAACCUGGGAUCAUGGGAAUGAUCCUGAGGUACAUGUACACCUCGGAUAUCAACCUGACUGAGCAGAAUGUCCAAGACAUUUUUAUGGCGGCCAACAUGUACCAGAUUCCCUCAAUCUUCAGCGUGUGUGUGUCAUAUCUGCAGCAGAAGCUAGUUCUCAGUAACUGUCUGGCCAUCUUUAGGCUGGGACUGUUGCUAGACUGUCCACGUUUGGCCAUGGAGGCACGGGACUUCAUCUGCGACCGGUUUUCCCUCAUCAUUCGGGACCAAGACUUCCAUCAGUUGGGUCCCAGCGAGUUGGCGGCUAUCAUCACAUGUGACUCCCUGAAUGUGGAACGAGAAGAGUCAGUGUUUGAAUCUCUCAUGGACUGGGUGGAGUAUGACACGAAUGAGAGACUGAAAGACCUGCCGGAACUUCUACACUGCGUACGUUUCCGUCUUAUGCCAACAAGUUACUUUAAAGAGAAAGUGGAGGGGCACAAACUGAUCAAGAUGAAUCAGGAGCUCAAGAAGGAGCUCCAGCUUAUCAAGGAUGCACAGAAAGGACUGCUACAUAGGGUCAAAAGGUCAUCGCACAGAAAGGAAGGCGCGACGGUGGAUUCUGAAGACGAGGAUGAGGAGGGUUUGCUGCCAGGGAUCCUUAAUGACAACCCACGUUUUGGAAUGUUUCAGACAGACCUUAUAUUGAUGAUUAGCGAUGCAGGAACAGUGGCGUAUGACAUUGGUGCAAACGAGUGCUAUAUGGCGUCUUCAUCCACCGAUAUCCCUAAGAACCACUGCAGUCUUGUCACGAAGGAAAAUCAGAUCUUUGCUGCUGGAGGUCUGAUGUACAACGAGGAGAACAAAGAACAGCCAUUCAGUUCGUACUUUCUUCAGUUUGAUCCCAUGAGCUCUGAAUGGCUGGGGAUGCCCUCACUACCAAACCCUCGCUGUCUGUUCGGUCUGGCUGAGGCUGAGAACUCCAUCUAUGUGGUGGGAGGAAAAGAGCUGAAGGAGGGAGAACGUGCACUAGAUUCUGUUAUGAUCUACGACAGACAAUCAUUCAAAUGGGGAGAGUCGGACCCUCUUCCGUAUGCAGUUUAUGGACAUGGAAUCGUUUCACACAAAGGGCUGGUCUAUGUGAUAGGUGGAAAAACUGAGAGCAAGAAAUGCUUGAAGAGAGUGUGUGUCUAUGACCCCACUAAGUUUGAAUGGAAGGAUCUGGCACCCAUGAAAACUGCCCGCUCGCUGUUCGGCACUGCUGUUCACAAAAACAAAAUCUAUGUGGUGACUGGAGUCACUGAUAAUGGCCUGACUAGCAGUGUAGAGGUCUACGACAUCGCCAGCAACUCCUGGUCAGAGUUUGUGGAGUUCCCUCAGGAGAGGAGCUCUCUUAACUUGAUCGAACUGGGCGGCUGCUUGUAUGCUGUGGGGGGUUUUGCUAUGAUGCCCAAAGAGACCACCGAAAAACUGGAGCCCACUGAAAUGAACGACAUAUGGAAGUUUGACGAGGAGGAGAACUGCUGGAACGGGAUCCUGAGGGAGAUCCGUUAUGCUGCAGGGGCCACAGUUCUUGGGGUGCGUUUGAACACCUUGAGACUCACAAAGAUGUGAUCUACAGUUAUCAUCUAUAGAUAAAAUACACAUAAAACAAUGGCGCCCACUUUUCAUAAACCAGCAAUACAUAUAUUCCAUUGAAUCAUAAUGAACAUCACAGACCUAGCUUGCUUAAUGUUAAUAUAAUUUGUUUGUGAUAGAUCUUAAGGUAUAUACUGUAGUAGAUCAAUGUUUUAUAUCCAAGUUGUUAUGAAUUUCACUGGGUCAGUGUAUAGAAGAUGUUAGUAUGAUGCAAAUAGUCUAUAAAAGACAUUCUGCUGUUCCAAGAAAAGGAUGGAGACAAAUACAAGACCCUCUAUUUUUUCAAAAGAAUGCUUUGUUAGUCAUUGUUGAACAAUUCGACCUUAUUUAAAUGUCCAUGUACAUUGAUUUUUAUCAUUCUAUUAUAUGUUAUUUUAGAUGACAUCUUAACAUUUUGCAAUUAUGACCAAGUGCAAUGUUCUUAUAUUUUAAAAAGAGAGAAAUGAAUGGCAAUGACUUAACAAUAAUCUAAUAUACUGUAGACAAUGACCAAACUAAAUGAAAACACUAACAACAUAAUACAGUUAUCUGUAGUAAUGUCAGUGAACAUAUUGUCGUACACCCUCCAAAGCCAAACGAAAAUAAAAAUUAAAAGUUAAGGUGAA